AUGGCUGUCGCGUUAUCAUCAGCACCGCGACAAUCCCUUAUGGUUGCUGGCUCAAUCCAAGUUCCAGUUGGUAGCCUCCAGAGCCUGCGCGCCGAGGCCGAACAGCUGCACGCAAAUGUAUCAGACCUAGGCAGCAAAACAGCACAAGUAGUCGCAAGUGUAGCUGCUGAGUAUACCACCCUCAUAAACACCUUGCGUCCAAUGGGCGAGAAAGCCAUAACACGAAUCAUCCAGCUUGGGGACGAGAUUGAGAAGCUCGCGGCAGACCAAAAUAGCACCCAGCACGACGCGCUCAUCGCAGAUUGUAAAGCCGGAUCCAUCGCACUGCACAACGCCUUCGACGACGCAUACAAUUCCGCGAAGUCUGCGCUAGACGCUGCGACAAAGGAGGCGACCGAGAUCGUGUACGACGAGUCCCAGACGGAGACAGAUGAGACACGCGUUAAACAGAUCAUCGCGCUCGCGACGGUAAUCUUGGCCUCUAAUAAGAGCAACCUGCAGUUUCAGCAAGAUCGCGUUAACACGGAGAGCCAAGCCGAGCAGACCGCAACGAAUGCGCGUAAUGAUGCAGAGAGCAAGUUGAAGAACGCCAAGAAUGUUAGAAUCGUUCGCGAUGUGUUUACCCUUGGGCUUGGAGAGGCUGGGGACUGGGGAAGCUUAAACAAAGAAAUGAGUGAUGCCGAAAGCGCUCUCCGUACGGCCGACAACAACUUAGAACAGGCGCAAAAAGACUACGCUGCUGCUCAGAGCGCAGUUACCUCCGCACUGGCCGAUAUCGCAGCGAUUACCGCCCUCUUGCCCGACCUCCAGCGUCUUGGGGCGAUAUUCCAAACCGAGAGGGCACAGCUUGAACAAACGCGCGCGAAGUUGAAUGACUUCACGAACACCUGCCUCGACCUGGCCAAUUAUUUCGGCAGCCUCGACGCGCAAUCAGCGCCGCUGGAGUAUAUCCACAAUGCGGCUGGCCUCGCGAGCGCGGUAGUGUCAUUGCAGAAUACUCUUGGCUGCAACACGAAACUGUCUGGUCCGUUCUUGACAGCACCGAGCAGCUUGGAUGGGCCACUGGAGCAGAUUGCGAAGUCGACCGUCCCGGCCGGUCCUGUAACCAGCCUUAUGUAA